CGAAGCGGGCGGCCAGUCCUCCCUGCCUCUCGCUCACCGCCCACACCCCCGCCCCGGGAGGGAGAGGGCCUCCUUGCGAGCAAGAACCGCGCCGUCCAACUUCCAGACACCCCCCGGAGGCCCUUGGGCCCCUCAGGCCCGCAGCGGCGCGGAGCAUGGACGCGGUGCUGCUAGAGCACUUCCCCGGGGGCUUGGACGCCUUCCCGUCUCCUUACUUUGACGAGGAGGACUUCUUCACCGACCAGUCCUCUCGGGACCCUCUGGAGGACGGCGAUGAGCUGCUGGCGGACGAGCAGGCCGAGGUGGAGUUCCUCAGCCACCAGCUGCACGAGUACUGCUACCGCGACGGGGCGUGCCUGCUGCUGCAGCCCGCGCCUCCGGCGGCCCCGCACGCGCUCGCCCCGCCGCCCUUGGGGGGUCCGGGCGAGCCGGAGGAAGGCGGCGGCGGCUACUGCUGCGAGGCAGGGGCGCCCCCCGGCGGCUUCCCCUACUCGCCCGGCUCCCCGCCCUCGUGCCUGGCCUACCCGUGCGCGGGGGCGACCGUGCUGUCCCCCGGGGCUCGGCUGCGCGGCCUGAGCGGGGCGGCGGCGGCGGCAGCGGCGCGGCGGCGGCGGCGGGUGCGCUCCGAGGCGGAGCUGCAGCAGCUGCGGCAGGCGGCCAACGUGCGCGAGCGGCGGCGCAUGCAGUCCAUCAACGACGCCUUCGAAGGGCUGCGCUCGCACAUCCCCACGCUGCCCUACGAGAAGCGCCUCUCCAAGGUGGACACGCUGCGCCUGGCCAUCGGCUACAUCAACUUCCUCAGCGAGCUUGUGCAGGCCGACCUACCACUGCGCGGCGGCGGCGCGGGCGGCGGCGGGGGGCCGGGCGGCGGCGGGCGCCUGGGCGGGGACAGCCCGGGCAGCCAGGCCCAGAAGGUCAUCAUCUGCCAUCGGGGCACCCGGUCUCCCUCCCCCAGCGACCCGGAUUAUGGCCUCCCUCCCCUUGCAGGACAUUCCCUCUCAUGGACUGAUGAAAAGCAACUCAAAGAACAAAAUAUUAUCCGAACAGCUAAAGUGUGGACCCCAGAGGACCCCAGAAAACUCAACAGCAAAUCUUCCUUCAACAACAUAGAAAACGAACCGCCCUUUGAGUUUGUGUCCUGAGAAGUCCCAGACCCUCCCGAGGAUCUGAUUAUGUCUCUGUGCAUAUUGUACAUGUAAAUAUCUAUAAUGUAAUUUAAGAAUCACAUUUUUCUAAUGGCAAUCAACUGUUUGUUAUUUAUCUAUUUAUUAUCCUGUCGAGUUAAUGAAAUAGACGAUCUCUUUUUAAGUAUAUAAUUUAUAUAAUUUAUCCUGAUUUUCUAAAAAGUAUGCAAUAGCCUAUGAUUCCCCCCCGGCACCUUUGGCAGAACUCUGCGUUGUUGGAAGAACUCUGGCCAGAAAACGUCAUGCUAAUUUAUUGCCAGAUAUGGUUU